AUGAUUUUCCUUAAGGCUCCAACGCUAUUUAUAUGGUUUCGUGUGUUGGAAAAAGUGAAGGGAGGCAGUAGAACGCUGCUGUUGGCCAAAAAACUAUGUAUAGAUCAGCUAUGUUUUAGUCCCCUUUUCAACGCGGCAAUUAUAUUUAAUCUGCGAUUUUUACAACAUCAAUCCAUUGGAAAGUCAUGUGAACUAUUGAAGGAAGAUUGGUUGAACAUCUACGCCACCAGUUUGAAGAUAUGGCCAUUGGUCCAAGUCGUCAACUUGUGUUUCAUACCUUUGAAUUAUAGAGUCAUUCUAAACCAGGUCGUCGCAUUCUUCUGGAAUAGCUAUCUGUCCUACACCACACAGAGACCAAUUGAUCAUAUUGAGCAGUUCUAUUAA